AUGGCAAACGAUUCGAAGAAUAGUGUUUAUUACGGGAUGACUCCAUCUAAGCCAACUCACAAGUUUUCAAAUAAUCAACCGACUUCUCAUCCUGUGGACGACCGGAGCCUAAGAGAAUAUCGCCUCGAGAGUUACAGGAAGGAAUCCGACAGUGUUCCUCUACCGCAUACCGAGACUUCUGCAUCGAAUAACACUCAAGCACUACGUAAAGCAAAGGUUGCCGCUGAGCUGGAUUCUAUACUAUCUCGUCUUGGAUAA